AUGGCACUGGCCAAGGAUGCGGACCUGCUUACCAACAUGCCAGUUCUGAACUCCAUCACCUCCUGGGGGUCGUUCUGGAACUUCUGCUCCAGCUCUGUGCUGCUGUUGUACCAGAGCCACUCGGUGGUGAGUAGGAAGGUGGGCUGGAGGACUGAGGAGAUGGAGGAGAGACGCCUGACCUUCUGGAGUCCACGCGUCAUGGUGUCAAAGCACACCGCUUCUACAUCCACCGUGCUGCAGGAAACAUCACACACCUUUGACCCUCAGUAUAGGAGGCACGAGACCGCCACACCACAAAGGAUCAAAAUAGUUUUUCAUCAAUUGGGGAGCAAGCCCGGAAGGCCGCGAUCCGGACAACUCAACUUGGCGAGCCGGCACAGUCCGCCGCCCGGCCCACCGGCCGCAUGGAGGAGGACCCCGCCCGGCUGCCCUCCCACCUGCGUGUGCUUCGACUACACCAACAACGGAUGCCAGGAGGGCUGCAUUAGGAUCCACAUCUGUGAGCGAUACCUGCGUCGUAACUGCUGCGGCUCGCGGGCCCACGAUUUCUACGAGCCGCAGCCUUUUGAGAUGCUGCAGAAGAGCCGCAUCCCCAACGACCUCAUGGCGGCCAUGGAGUCGAUGUACAUCAACAAGGAGGUCCUGGAGGCCAAGGCCAAGCAGGCCGGACAGGCCAAUCAGGUCCCUGCUGCUGGUGCUGGUGCUACUAAUAAAACCGAGAUUUGUCUGCUCUUCCUCGAAGGCAACUGUAUCCAACCCGUAGAAAAGUGUUUCGGAGCUCAUUACAAGCUGCCUUACAGAUGGGAAGUUCUGGAGGGCCAUCAGUGGACGCUGCUGGACAGCUCAGAGAAGAUAGAAGAGGAUUACUGUGACCCCAAAAUAACAUACAGCAUGGUGGAUGGAGGAGCGGUGUGGUUUGAGACAAUGACGCGUGGAUUCCAGAAGGUCAGGCGUCUCUCCUCCAUCUCCUCAGUCCUCCAGCCCACCUCCAUACUCAGCACCGAGUGGCUCUGGUACUGGGAGGAAGAGGAUGGGAACUGGAACCAGUACGAUUCACCGACCAACAGAGCACUUGAGCAGAAGUUCCAGAACAACCCCCAGGAGGUGUUGGAGUUCACCGCAGGGUCCCAUGCCUACACACUCAGCCUCCAGGACAUGAUUCAGACCAAUAAGAGUUACAGCACCAAGAGGCUGGUGAGGCGACGGCCUCGGUUCCUGUCCUCCGCCGUCGUGCAGCUCAUCAGAGCUGGUGCUACUGGUGGUGCUGGUAGUAGUGCUGGUGUUGUUGCUACUGGAGGUGGUGAAAGGAGAAGCCCGCCCCAAGAUAAAAUCGAGAUUUGCUUGUUUUUCCUCGAAGGCAACUGUAUCGACCCCAUAGAAAAGUGUUUCGGAGCCCAUUACAGUCUGCCUUACAGCUGGGAAGUUCUGGAGGGCCAUCAGUGGACGCUGCUGGACAGCUCAGAGAAGAUAGAAGAGGAUUACUGUAACCCCAAAAUAACAUACAGCACGGUGGAUGUAAAAGCGGUGUGCUUUGACACCAUGACGUGUGGACUCCAGAAGGUCAGGCGUCUCUCCUCAAUCUCCUCGGUCCUCCAGCCCAACUUCCUACUCACCACCGAGUGGCUCUGGUACUGGGAGGAUGAGCAUGGGAACUGGAACCAGUACGAUUCACCACCCAACAGCAGCACAGAGCUGGAGCAGAAGUUCCAGAACGACCCCCAGGAGGUGGUGGAGUUCACCGCAGGGUCCCAGACCUACACACUCAGCCUCCAGGACAUGACUCAGACCAAUAAGAAAUACGGCACCCAGAGGCAGGUGAGGCGACGGCCUCGCUUCCGGUCCUCCGCGGACGUGCAAGACGACAGGACAAGUAAAAGGCCUCCAAAUGGUCCAUCAAAUGUCCAAGCUUUACCCAGACGCUGGGACAAGUCCCAGGUUCCUGAGAUUGGACACAAGAAAGUACUGCUGCGAGAUUCGUCCAAAGAAUACAAGAAGGUGGAGACGCUGUUUCGUCAGACGAUGACCGCCUUUGACAUUGUGAAGAUCGAGAGGAUUCAGAACAAGAGUCUCUGGGACCAAUAUCAGUUGCAAAGGGAACAAAUGAAGACGAGGAACGGCGGGCAUUCCGUGGUCGAGAGGAAGCUGUUCCACGGCACAGACUCCAAGUUCAUCGACCCCAUCUGCUGCUCGAACUUUGACUGGAGGAUCUGCGGAACCCACGGGACCAUCUUGGGCAAGGGCAGUUACUUCGCCCGGGACGCCAGCUACUCCCACACAUACACCAGCUACGCCGCGACGGUCCGCUCCAUGUUCGUGUCCCGGGUGCUGGUGGGCCACCACACCUGGGGCUCGGCCGGCUACGUGCGCCCGCCCUCCAAGGACGGCGGGGACACCCUCUUCUAUGACAGCUGCGUCAACGACAUCCACUCGCCCUCCAUCUUUGUCGUCUUCGACCGGCCUCAGAUCUACCCGGAGUUCCUGCUCACGUACAAGGCGAAGGCUGCGGUCGUGGCGAAGGCUGCGGCCGCCGCCCCGGUGGGGAAACCCAGGCCUGUGGUAAUACCCACACCUGCUGUGAUACCCACGCCUGUGGUGAAACCCACGCCUGUGCCCAGAACCACGCCCGCGCAGCAGUUCCCUGGUGCUUCCACGUACCUGAAAAACGUCUCUCAGCCACAUAUCUACCGCCCCCUCACAACAGCCCUACCCGUCCCCCCUACCCCGCCUGCAAGCCACUGUCCCCCGCCAUCGAGCUCCUGCCCUCAGACCCACCAGGGGUUCAAGGGCAUAUCCAAGAGAAUGCGAGAGAAGGCGUCAGGCAUGGACUGGUACAGUGUCCCGGGUGCCGCGCCGGAGGUGAAGCGCCAGCGCCUGUGACCUGAGCCACGCCCGCACAGCGGUUCCCUGGUGCUUCCACGUACUUGAAAAAUGUCCCUUUGCCACAGCCCUACCGUCCGCUCACAACAGCCCCCCCCCUCACCCCGC